UUUGAUAGAAGGAUAACGAUUUGUGGAUAAUAUGUUAUUUGAGAAUUGUACUUACUUUAUCAAAGAAUGUGGAAUUGCAGACUGUAAAAUUGUCAUUUUGUUUCAGUCAAUAGCUUCAGCUGACAUGGAUUCAAAUCAACUAGAAGCUUUUCUGACUGCACAAACAAAGAAACCAGGGGGAAUCACAACCGAUCAUGCUAUAGUUAUUGCAAAAUUUUGGAAGAACCAGCGAGCAAAAAUUCAUGAGAGUCUGAUAAAUCAAAGCAAGUGGGAAAAUAGCUUGAAAAACAUAAGCUGGAGAGUAGAUUUAAAAACACAGUCAAGACACAUUGACCAGAUGAACAGUCCUGUGGCAAUAGUUGAAAUGGAACUUGAGAAAAAUGGACAGGUAAGAACAUUUUAUCUUAUUUUACCAAUGUGAAUGUUAUAUGUUAGUGUUUGCUUCCUAAAGAUGAAGGAAAAGAAAAGGAAUUCUGCAGAUUACAGCUUAUACUAUUACAAAUCACUAUAAUGCAGGCUUCUUUAAGUUUAAUAUCUCAAGCUUGGAUCAUUGGCCAUGGUUCCUUGGAGCAAUGUUUUUCAAAAUAUGGGUGUGUAAACUUCAGGAAGCCAGUCAAGAUGUAGAUUGUCUCCAAAGCAGAGUAACUUAUAUUAUUCAGAUGGAAACUCCUGCAUGAUCUGAAGAGAUGUCUUAAAACUGCAAGAACAAAAAGAAAAAUUAUAGCCCUUUAUUCAUUGUUUGAGUUAUAUGUUACUGUUGAUAUGGUAAAUCUAAUCAAAGUGAUUAUUCUGAUUCCUACAGAAGCCCACAUAGCAAAAUAUAAUUUUCCAUAAUUUAUUAAAAGAUGUUUUACUUCUCUUCCUACAGAAUGCUGAUUCCACCCCUCCCAAAAAAGGAAAUUAUUCUUGUUAACUUGCAGAAAAUAUACAUUUAAAGCUUUACUGAACUAUCAGCAGAAAGGCAUGAUCUCAGAUCAUAUGAACUUCUAUUUUUAGUUUGCAUAAAUCAUUUGUAAAUUUGUGCACUAAUUGAGCAGUAGCGGCAGUUAACUUGGUGGAGAACAUUCAGUUCUAAGCGUUUAACAAGGCACUGCUUCUCUUUGAUUUAUAAAAUGUUUAUUAAGUUUCAUUAUAAAAUAAAAAUAUGGAAAAAA